GUGGAUUCAGUGUGGCGCCCGCUGUGGACUCGGCCUUUACAAAUGCUCCUGGCAGACACGUCUGGCUGGCUUGUAAGGUGCCAGUGUGGCUCGUUGGCAGUUAUUUAACGUGCUGAAACGUGCCGGCAGCCGUCAGCACGCGGGUGACACCGCAGCGGAGAGCAGUGCGGUCUGCAGAAUUUCACCUCCGGAACCUCGCACUGGCCUCCUGGGCAGGGGCGUCUGUGUCUGUGUGAGUAGACCUUCCACCUGUCGCGAUGGGUUAUUGACAGGAGAAACCUGACUGUGGGAUGUCAGCCGCCUGAGAUCCCUGUUGGACAAGAUGGAAGAAGAGCUGGAAUGUCCAAACUCGUCCCCGGAAAAACGCUAUUUUCCGGAAUCCCUGGAUUCCAGCGAUGGAGAUGAGGAAGGCGUUUUGGCCUGUGAGGACUUGGAACUGAACCCUUUUGAUGGACUGCCCUACUCGUCACGCUACUACAAGCUUCUGAAGGAAAGAGAGGACCUCCCGAUAUGGAAGGAGAAGUACUCCUUUAUGGAGAGCCUGCUGCAGAAUCAGGUCGUGAUCGUUUCAGGAGAUGCCAAGUGUGGCAAGAGCUCUCAGGUUCCUCAGUGGUGUGCUGAAUAUUGCCUUUCCAUCCACUACCAGCACGGGGGCGUGAUAUGCACACAGGUCCACAAGCAGACUGCAGUCCAGCUCGCCCUGCGAGUAGCCGACGAAAUGGAUGUUAACAUUGGCCACGAAGUUGGCUACGUGAUCCCUUUUGAGAACUGCUGUACCAGUGAAACGAUCCUGAGGUACUGCACUGAUGAUAUGCUGCAGAGGGAAAUGAUGUCCAACCCCUUUCUGGGUAGCUAUGGGGUCAUCAUCGUAGAUGACGUGCACGAACGAAGCAUUGCCACAGACGUGCUGCUCGGACUUCUGAAAGACGUUUUGCUCGCGAGACCAGAACUGAAGCUCAUCAUCAACUCCUCGCCACUGCUGAUCAGCAAACUCAGCUCCUACUACGGAGACGUGCCCCUCAUAGAGGUGAAGAGCAAGCACGCCGUGGAGGUCGUGUACCUCAGCGGUGCUCAGAAGGACUCUUUGAAGUCGAUUUUGAGCCUGAUCUUUGAAAUCCACCACUCGGGUGAGAAGGGUGACAUCGUCGUCUUUCUGGCCUGUGAACAAGACAUUGAAAAAGCCUAUGAAAUUGUCUGUCAGGAAGGCUCUCACUUGAACCCAGAUCUUGGAGAACUGGUGGUGGUUCCUUUGUAUCCGAAAGAGAAGUGUACACUGUUCAAGCCGGCCGACGAGGCAGAGAGAAGAUGCCAGGCCUCUCAGAGGAGAGUGGUGCUGACCACCAGCUCUGGCGAAUCUUUGAUCUGGAGCAACACCGUCAGAUUUGUUAUUGAUGUGGGUGUGGAAAGAAGGAAGGUGUACAACCCGAGAAUCAGAGCCACCUCCCUUGUCACGCAGCCCAUCAGCCAGAGCCAGGCAGAGAUCCGCAAGCAGAUCGUCGGCGCAUCCUCCUCAGGCAAGCUCUUCUGUCUGUACGCCGAGGAAUUCGCCUCCAAAGACAUGCGGCCCCUGAAGCCGGCAGAGAUGCAGGAAGCCAACCUGACGCGCAUGGUGCUGUUCCUGAAGAGGAUAGACAUCGCGGGCCUGGGCCACUGCAGCUUCAUGAACCGGCCAGCACCGGAGAGUUUGAUGCAGGCACUGGAGGACUUGGAUUACCUGGCAGCACUGGACAAUGACGGCAACCUUUCUGAGUUUGGGAUCAUCAUGUCAGAGUUUCCUCUGGAUCCGCAGCUCUCCAAGGCCAUCCUGGCAGCAUGUGAAUUUGACUGUGUAGACGAAAUGCUGACGAUCGCUGCCAUGGUAACAGCCCCUAACUGCUUCUCGCACCUGCCACCUGGAGCUGAGGCGGCCGCCCAGGCGUGCUGGAAGACAUUCCUACAUCCUGACGGAGACCACUUCACCCUCAUCAACGUGUACAAGGCCUACCAAGACACGACUCUGAACUCCGCCAGCGAGCACUGUGUGGAGAAGUGGUGUCAUGACCGCUUCCUCAGCUGCUCUGCCCUCAGGACGGCCGACGUCAUCCGAGCCGAGCUCCUGGAGAUCAUCACGCGGAUCGAGCUGCCCUACGCGGAGCCUGCCUUUGGCUCCACGGAGAACAGCCUGAACAUCAAGAAAGCGCUGCUGUCCGGCUACUUCAUGCAGAUCGCGCGGGAUGUCGACGGGGCGGGGAACUACUUGAUGCUCACACACAAGCAAGUGGCGCAGCUGCACCCCCUGUCCGGUUACUCCAUCACCAAGAAGGUGCCCGAGUGGGUCCUCUUCCAUAAGUUCAGCAUAUCCGAGAACAACUACAUCCGGAUUGCCUCCGAGAUCUCUCCUGAGCUAUUCAUGCAGCUGGCACCACAGUACUAUUUCAGUAAUCUGCCUCCUAGUGAGAGUAAGGAUAUUUUACAACAAGUGAUGGAUCACCUGGCCCCGAUCUCCACGAUGAAAAAGGAGGGUGAGAAGUGCCCUGAGAGCACCGAACAGCGAUGCACGGUCCAGUGACUGCCAAGCUCCCCGCGCAAAGCCCCGGGGCGCCUGCCCCACGAGCACCACGCCCCGCAGGAUAGUGCUGAAGGAGUAAUGCUUGGUAUGUGCUCUUAAAAUAAAAAUAGAGGAGUUUUAUUGAGUUCUUUAAAUUACUGUUCCAUAUUUUUCUUCUCAUUGGAAAAGUUUUUAAACAUCCAUUCACAAUCUGACCCAGAUUUUUAAAGAUACAAAUACUGUAAAUGUGUCCCAGACACAUGGAACAGAACCCUACUUUUUGUAGAGGACUUCAAAUAAAGUCACGAGUUUUUCAGUAAACUGCCACUGCGUUUUCUGUCAUUUUCCAAAGACGAGCCCAGCCCUGUCCGUGGCAAAUGGGUUAGACAGACAGAUGGUCUUUCAGUUUAUCCAUGAUCUCGUCCAUCUUGUCGCCUGGAAUCACCAUCACAGUCCUCAUGGGCUUCAUGGGAACAUCAUCAAAAGACCAUCUGCCUCCCAGACAGGUGUCGCUGUCCUCCUGCACCGAGUAGCUGAACUUCAGGACUGCCUUCUACAGACAGAAAACCGUGGGUUAAAAACGGGCAGCCCAACAGCAAAUCUCAUCUAACCCACAACAAAGAUUACUGUUUGGCAUGUGUUUCAACAAGACUGACAGUGACAGGAAGCAACACUUGAACAAAGGAGAACUUGAACUUGAACGGUCACGCCGGCAGACAUAAAGCGCUCAGCAGAUGUGUGCACGGAACACGGCUAGAGCCGCCACUUCUCAGCAGUGAGGCAGCAGCCAAUGAUGUUACCGUCACCACCCACCCACACUGUCACCAUUCCCAAGGCUUUCAUUCUCAAAAGGGUCUGUGACAGACAAGAGAAAAUAAAAUGUUCAGCUCUGGUAAUUAACAAGAAGAAUCAGCCUUCAAACGCUGGUCUGUUCCCAUUCCCCCAGCUCUUCCUCCACGUAAAGCGUGGAUACAAAGGAAGUCUGCACAGCCGGCCAUAUCAAAACACCCAUUCUACAAGCGUGACAUGCGCCAGCCGAGGUGAAGACAAGUUUGUUUUUAAUUCUACUUCCUGGGAAACAAGGACAGAGCUGAACCUGCACUGAAGUCUCAACGGGGAGAACUGACAUCAUCCAAUUCAGGAAAAGUGGUCCCCCCAGAUCUGUGAUGACUGAGAAAUGCUCUCGGCACUCAGCCCUCCAUCACGGUAGGAGAAAGCGCACCAGCAGGUCCACGCACACACACAGGGCGCGAGCAGCAGCUCCGGGCCAACGGCUGUGCCGUCUCAGAUGACUUCCCUCCUGGCCCACGUCUGCGAGCCAGGCUGACGUCUACCUCACAGCGCAAGGUCCCAGGCAGCACAGCAAACAGACAAUGCCCGGUGACCGCUAGCCGGUCAGCAGCUUUUCUCCUCCUGCCCCUUGGGGCGUGUGAGGCGACAUGCCAGGAACUGUCAGCUGCCAGCCGACAGGGACAUGGAACAGAGUGGCUAUACUCGGAGGACUGACAUAAAAUGGGAGAAUAAGAAACCUGGAUUAUUUCUAAGAAAAUUCUUAUUUAAAUCUAAACGGGUGAAACGGGAUAGUCUUACCUCAUAGAAAAAUUCUUCCUCUGCGUUUGCAAACAUUAACUCUUCUUUCUUUUGGCCGCUCCGUUUCUUCUUGGAACUGCCUUUUCCUGCUUCCACAAAUGUCUUGCUGAUCAGCAGGUAGAAGCAGCACUUCCCGCACGGCUUAUUGGUCUUGUGUGCCUCCGCGAGCUCUUUCCUACAAGACACAGAACACGCCGCUGCUGAGAGGCGACCCCCACCCCGAGCAGAGCACACAGCGCUCAGGGAGGCAGCUUUCCAGGGCUCCGCAGUGGGCUUCCUGGACGGGCGUUCAGGCUGGGCACUGCUAAAGCGAUGGCUGUGCUGGUGCAGUCGGUCACACUUCAGCUGAGGGCGUCACGUCUGUGAACAGCGUGAGGAAACCCGACUGCGCUCAGCUGUCGACACAGCAGCUCACAGGCCUGCUCGGCGUCACUGCCCCGCCUGUGCAGAGGUCAAAAACGUCUCAGAGUCUGAAUGUUUCCAUGGCGGCGACCCUUACCUGGCACACAGCGGCGCCGCCCUAUCCGGUCAGGACAGGAGCCCGUGGCAGGGACUCGGGACUCCAGAACUGCUUCCUGACCUGCUGCACAGACGGCCACAGCCUGAGUUCAGAACAGUUCAUGGAGUGGCAGUGACGGCUUCAUGUCCUGACAGCGGCACAGCCCUGCGUGCCGGCCGCCCCGCGACAGAAAUGAGCUUGCUUCCCAAAGGACUGGGGAAAGCACGCUCUGCGAAGCCACGGCACGGUGGGCUCCAGCUAACCAGAGACCAAAGCAAGGGGCAAAGGGCACUCAUGGCAGGACAAGUGCGUCUCAGCGGCAGCUGAGGGUGGGAGGCCGCGCACCGAGCCAGACCUCAGGGUCCCCGAGCAGUGCCACACCACAGCCACGGACGGGGCCACAGCACAGGCACCGUGACGUCUGAGAAGGAACACUGCGUAAGGCCUGCGUCUGCACUGCAUCUGUGUUUCAAGCACAGGCGACUUCACUCAGCUAAGAGACUCCACAGCUCUUCCUGAAAAUCUCUCUGUAAACGUCUAACUCCGACAUUAAAAAACAACCCCAAGAAGCCAGAAACACAGAGUCAGAACUAGGGUCUCACUGACUAUGAAGCACACGAGUGGAUCUGGGAAUGCUGCUGUUCUGUUACUGCUGUAAUGUGUCAGAUGUGAGUAAAAGUCUGUGUGAGAUCGUCUACCUGGGCCAGGCAUUUGGCACAGCAGCCGAGUUCCUGCUGGGACAGGAGCCCCCACACUGGAGCCUCCACUUCCAAUCCAGCUUCCUGCCACUGGGCACCAGGGGAGGUGGCAAAUGACCACUCCUGUCCUUGGGUUCUUGCUGUCCACCUGAGUUCCAGACUCCAGGCUGUUGUGGGCAUUCCUGGGUGGGGUGAACUAGUGGAUGGAAGGGCUCUGUUUCUGUCUGACUUUCAAAUAAAAUGAAAAUAAAAAUUUGAAAAAAAAAA